AUGACUACACCUCAUCCCAGCGCAGCAAAGGCCGCUUCCGCUUCAAAAGCUCCUCCACAAAACACUCCUCCUCCUCCACCACCCACAAAAGAGAUCGCAGCCGAGAUCGUAGUCGAGAACCAGAUCGAGACCGGGCCAACCGAUCCUCCCACCGCUCCUCCCGCCACAGACACCGUGACCGAACACACACCCGCCAUCGCACGCGCACGCGCAGCCGCUCCCCAUCCCCCCCUCAACCCCUCAAACUACGACCCCCUAGACGGCGAAGCCGCCUUCCGCGAAUCCCUCUUCGACGCCCUAGGCGACGACGAAGGCGCCGCAUACUGGGAAUCCGUCUACGGCCAACCAAUCCACAACUACGCCGUUCCAGAGAUUCCCAAGGGCCCCGAUGGCGAACUAGAGCGCAUGGACGAGGAGGAAUAUGCGACGUAUGUGCGCGCGCAGAUGUGGACGCGGACGAGGGAGGGUAUGAUGGCUGAACAGGAUCGAUUACGUGCUGAGCGGCGUAAGGCGAAGAUUCGUGAGGAGGGACAGCAGCGGCAGCGUGGGAGGGAUGCAGAGAGGGAUGCGUUUGAGAGGGCUAUGGAGGAUAGUCUUAGGCGUGGUCAGGAGAGGAGGAAGGGGAAGGCUUGGGUUGGGGUUUGGGGGAGGUAUUUGGAGGGUUGGGAGGGGGUUCAGAAGGCUGUGCUUCAGUGUCAGGAUCCAUCUACUGCUGCUGCCGAUGGUGGUGAUGGCGAGGAAAAGAGUGGUGGGUCGACUGCUGCUACGCCGUUACGAAACUUGCUGUUUUGGCCUGUUGAGUCUGGGAAACGGUGUGAUGUGACGCCCGCUGCUGUGGAGGAGUUUCUGAAACAUGCGCCGGAGGGAAAUCUACUGUCUACGCUUAAGGUGGAGCGUGUGCGGUGGCAUCCAGAUAAAAUCCAGCAUCGAUAUGGGGUGCUCGGGGUUGAUGAGAAGGUUAUGCGCAGUGUGACUGAGGUCUUUCAGAUUGUGGAUCGAAUGUGGAAUGAGGAGCGGGAGAGAGUUGGGAAGAGCUGA